UGUCUGCACCGCCCGCUGUCCCGACUCCCCCCUCCUGCUCAGGCUUUCCAGCCCCCGAGGGGGGUCUGGCUCCAGCUGACCUGUGUGCCCCCCCCCGUACUCCGCACUGCGGCUGGCCCGAGAGCCUUCUCCUCUGCAGCAGCCGCCUGUGCCCCCCCGGUCAGGCGGGGCGGGGCGGGGCGGGGUGUGAAGGCGGGAGGGAGCCGAGCCGAGCCCGGCCAGACGCAGGCAGCCGAGCAGGACGCGGGACGGCCGGGCGGGGUGCCCAGCCAUGCGCCCCGCGGGCAGGCGGGCUCGGCGCCGGGGAGCAGGGCUUUGCUUGCUGGGGAGCUGCCGCCUGCAGGAGCCAUGGUCACUUUCCUCACACAGGAAGUCCAGCAACUGCUGCACAACAAGUUUGUGGUGAUCGUGGGGGAUUCCGUCCAGCGAUCGGUUUACAAGGACCUGGUGUUGCUUUUGCAGAAGGACGCUCUCCUCAGCCAGUCCCAGCUGAAAGCCAAGGGGGAGCUGAGCUUCGAGAACGACUGCCUGGUGGAAGGCGGCAUGCGGGGCGAGAUGACCAACGGCACCAACUACAGGGAGGUGCGGCAGUACCGCACGGACCACCACCUGGUGCGCUUCUACUUCGUCACUCGCAUCUACUCCGACUACAUGGAGAGCAUCCUGGCUGACUUCCAGGCUGGGCCCCAGCCCGACGUCGUCAUCAUCAACUCCUGCUUAUGGGACGUGAGCAGGUACGGCGCGAAGUCCAUGAAGCAGUACCGGGUGAAUCUGGAGAAGGCCUUUAACCGGCUGGACAAGGUGCUGCCCCAUGCCUGCCUCCUGGUGUGGAACAUGACGAUGCCCGUGGGCCACAAAAUCAUCGGGGGCUUCCUCAUCCCAGAGCUGCAGCACCAAGGCAAGAAGUUGCCCCUCAAAGUGAUCGAGGGCAACUUCUAUGGGGCUGUCCUGGCCAGCAGCCACCACUUCGACGUGCUGGACCUGCACUACUACUUCCGCUUCGACGUGCACCACCGCAGCGGGGAUGGUGUCCACUGGAACCGGGCCGUCCACCGCAGGGUCACCCACCUGCUGCUGGCCCACGUGGCCGACGCCUGGGGCGUCGAGAUCCCGGAGAAGAGACCCCAGGAUGGUUGCUUUCAGGCAAAUGCUCUGGAGUGGGGCUUGCAGCCCGCCCCCUGCCCGAUGCCCCACGCUGCUCCACCCGGCCCCUGGGGGCCCGAGUGGGACAACAGCCGCCUGUCCUGCAUGCCCCAGCCCAGCACCUGCCUGCCGCCCCCUCCGCCCUGGCCCCCCUUCGACUUCUGCUGCCCCUCCAAGGAUCCUGUUUUCCAGGAAGACUCCCCCUUCCUCCCCAGCCACGCGGGGCCUGGCACGCCCCUCUCCGGAUACAUCAGCUUUGACAACUGCCCCGGCUACAGUGCGGAGGGUCCUGGCAGCGGCUUUCAAGGUUUCUGGGGCGCGCCGCACGCUCUGCCGGCCCCGGGGCCCUGCCCCGGCUUCUCGGGAAACCCAGCACCCAGCUUCCCUCCGCACCCCCACAGCCCGACCAGGAGAGGCCGUGGUGGGCGCUCUCACGGCUUCAUCAUGACGCGGCAGCCGGUGAGGUGGAGGUCUGGGCACCCCUACAACAGGCCCCACUACAGUUGCUACUGAGGGGCCCUGGCAGAGCUGGGCGUGUCCCCCCGCGGGCGGGCGGGCGAGCUUCCUGCAAAGGGCUCAGCUCCAGCUCUGAAGAGACUCGGGUAGGGUGGCCGUGGCUGUCUCCAUGUGCGUGGCCGGCACAGGGCACCCUGGCAGGGAGGCGGCUGGCGCUCAGAUGGUUGAGUUAUUACAUGUAGUAUUUGGGGUGGGGGGCAGAGGGCUGCGGGGGCCUUGAGAGAAGGGGCUGUGAUCUGCCAGCGCCGUAUGGAUCAGAACAAAGGCCCCGCUAUUGGGGACAGCGCUGGGCACCGCCCCGGGAAGCACUCCGUAGGCCAGGCCCAUGGGGGCGGUGGCUUUCGCCGAGGGCCCCAUCCUGCCAGGUUCCUGGAGCUGGUGGGGAUUGGCAGUCAUGUGUGGGAGGCGCUGAACGCCAGCCAUCUGCCAAGGGGGUCCGGCUGUCCAACCUGAGUCUCUCCCCAGCUUUGAGUCCAAUUCCCCCACCCCAUCCGCUGCUGUUACAAACCUGCCCAGAUGGGGCAGGCAGGGAGUGUUUGCCCCUGCCAGGCUCCCGGCCCCAGACUGCCAUGGCUGUGAGCUGGCCAGCGGCCUCGCCCGCUCUCCAUGGGGUUCUUAGGCCUAGUUUAUGUUCCUUAAUCGUUGCUCUGUUUUCAGCACCCUCCCUGGGGUGUUAUUUCACGAGGUGGGUCUGCACUACAGCCCCCCAUGCUCCUCCCUGGGGGUUGGGGGGGGGUCAUGCUGCUCUGAGGUUGCUUUACACUGGCAGGCUGUAGGGCUGAGCCCUUGGUGGCUCACUGCACUAAAACCUUCUAGCCCCAGCCCGGCUCGCUGGCUCGCUGGCCCAGACCUGUGCUCCGCUGCACUGAGCCGAUCAGGUUGCACCAGAAUAACUGUGACUUGAGUCCCUUCCUGGCCAUCCGCCCGCAGGCCCGGGGGGGUGGGAGGGGCCCUGCUGCAGGCACAGUGGUUAUUGAACAGGAAAUGCUGUUCACAGGAAGUGUUCUUUUGUGUUUUGUUGACUUGAUAAUAAAGCUUUGACUGACUGGA